AAAAAUUGUACACAACAUGUUGCAACACUGGAUUGUAACGUCAUUAUCAUCUUUUGCAUUCAUUCAACAAAUCAAAUUCAUUCUUUCAAAAAGAAGAAGUCGCGUUGGUGAUUAAUAUUAACACUCAAGAAUGACUUCCACAUCGUUCAACGUUGGCAUCAACGACGGCACGCGGCUGUCGAGCCGGGUGCUGCGCCCCCCGGGCGGCGGACACACCGACAUCUUCGGCGGGGAGCCCGAGCCGCCGCGCGCGGGCGGGCGCCGCCCCGCGCCUGCCGCCCUCGCCAACAUGGCGCACGGUAUGUGCAGAGAUAUGUACAACGACGGCACGCGGCUGUCGAGCCGGGUGCUGCGCCCCCCGGGCGGCGGACACACCGACAUCUUCGGCGGGGAGCCCGAGCCGCCGCGCGCGGGCGGGCGCCGCCCCGCGCCUGCCGCCCUCGCCAACAUGGCGCACGGUCAAGGGGAACUGCCGGCGAAGCCUACAAACGGCGCCGACGCCCCGAGCCAAAACGGACAGGCCAGUGAACCGGCCACCCCUCAAGUGACCCCUCAAGUAACCCCUCAAGUAACCCCUGAAGUUACCCCUACUUCUCCUCCAACAAUCGAAGUGAAAAAUGAUAUCCCCAAAGCCGUCACCCCUACAGAACCCUCGAAGCCUGAUGCCCCUAAACGCGUGAGAGUACCCCCGGGUGGAUUUUCCUCAGGACUCUGGUAAGGGACCAGUAUUAAGAUUGUUUGGGACCAGAUUUUCUGUUGACAUUUCGUUUGGUGCUCAGUGCAUUAAUAUGUAUACAUUUAUAGUUGAUGUCUUUUUAUUGUUAUAAUCUAAUUGAGUGUGUUACAUAUACUUACUAACAUAAUAUUAUGUUUUGAAAAUGCUCUCUAUAGUCACGAGUGUUAUAUUGUGAAAAUUGUUUCGUGAAAUCCAGGCAUGCAUUUAACCUGAAAAUUUAAACAAAAACACUAGGGAAAUUUGAUUUGAAAUUUCUUUGAUUUACAGUAAAUAGACAGAAUCAGAUUGUACAUCAUUGGUUUAAGUGAUUACCGUUACUGUCCAAUAUUAUAUGAAAACCAAAAUAAAAUACUGUGGGACAAAAAAUGAUCAAUAUCAAUGAUAUUGUAUAAUAGAUAUGUAACCGUCAUUAAACUUGCUGUAAAAUGCAGUUUUGUGAUUAGUUACAUUUCACUACAUUGCUAGUGCAGUGCAUUCCACUGAUGGCCAGACAGCUUAUCGUAAUCGAUGCCUCAGUUAUUGCGUGCUAGUAGCGUAUAUAUCUCUUAAAAUAUCAUAAUAUAAAUUAUAUCGUAGCCGAAAAUAUACAGUGUUUCUUGUGUGUACACAUAUUAAUGUGCUAGUUUGCGUUGUAACUGGUCCCUGGCUAUAUUGGCAUGGGUUUGCUUAGCCAGUCUAUAACACAGGCUAGAGUUAAAAGAUAGAGCAAUCAAUAUGUAUAUUGAAAACGUUGUCAGUUGUAUAUUUGUUGUGGAAAUUAGAGCAGAUGAGUAGAAAUUUAUUAGUCAAAAUCUUCACUAAAAUUGUGGCACAAGUCUGGACGAAUAUAUUACUCUCUGUAACUAACUACAUAGGCUACAAUAUACAACACCGCGAUAAGACAAUGUCGCAACUUAUGAAGUCAAAAACUCGUAUGCCAUUAUUUUUUAUUGAAUAUUCUAGAAAUAUAGCAAAGGCUGACAGCUUUUAUGCCUCUGCAGCAGCUAGCAUGCCUUUAAGGGAUUGGGUAAUAAUCGGCUUCAUACGACAGUUCUUUAUUCUGUCUAUCUUUUACUUCUAGUCUGUGGUAAUUUGUAAUUUUAAUUCCUCGCAAAAGGUAUUUUACAUUUUUCAUAUUUACUCUAAAUAUUGUAUUUCUUCUGUAUAUUUAUUUUACGCAAUUUUAAAGAAAGACUAAUAUUAUUUUAAUUAAUGAACAUGUAUUCGUCACACGGUUUCGCUUGUGUCAAAGGCAUUUUGCAGCCAAAAUAAAGGACUUUGAUAUUUGGUCACAAAGUAGGUUUUACGAAUUUUUCUAGUUAAGCUUUAUAAAGUUUUUGUGUGGGAGAUGCGAGUUUAACAGGCUGGAGGGUAGGAAGACAAAUAUUACUUGCUAAUGCUCUUCUUUCGUAUUGUUGGGGUAAACGUUAGUCUGUGUACACUUGGCUUGUUGAAAGUAUGUUUCCAUCUUUAUAUUAGUUCUAAAGGCCAGUGCAUAUCAGGCUACAAGGGAAGAGUUUGUCGUUUAAUUUUCGACAUUAUUUCAACGAAAACAAUGUCAAAAAUAGUUUGACAGUAACAAUUGCUACGUUGCGUGUCGCCAUGUAUGCGUCGGCCUUUAGACUUUGUCUUUUGGGGACUUUGGGGACAUUUUUACCGGUCCAUAGAAAAUCUGGUUAUCAAUAUUUUUUCAUAAGUUCAUAAUUUAUUUUGUAACAUGUGAAACUUCAACAUAAAAUUCAAUUAUUUUAACUGCACAUGAUGAAGAGUUAUAUUAUGUUUUUUGUCAAUAGUACACAAGCACAAGUAUUUAUUUAUUCACGAAUGAUGAUAAAUAAUGUUAUUAAUUAUUAUUUCUGUCUGAAAAGAAAAGAAUAUCCCAAAAUUUGAUGGAAUGGAUGGUAUGGAAGCUUGUAAAAUUGUGAUUUUAUGUGGCAUUGGAUUUAAAAUCUGCUCGUAAGGACGACUGACAUAUUGUGCCUACUGUAAAAGUACUUAAUGUGUAAUAGUUUGCGAAUUUUUAUUAUUAUUGAACAUAAUGUAUUUAGGUUUUUGUAUGCCUGCGCAGGCAAACGCAAUUAUAUAUUAAAUAAUAAUGAUAAUUGUAUUUUUAUAUGAAUUAAAAUGCAAUAAACAUUA